AUGCAUACUUCUCGAAAAGAAUCAACGUGGCGGCACACGGCCGUGAAGGCCCCUUGCCGGCUCUACGACCCAAUGGACGCCAAGGUUGCCAACCGGCGCCAUGCUCGCGACACCUCGGUGAACGGGGUGGGGCUCCAGCCGCACGGGCAUAAGCCGGAGGCGUGGCACAUGGGCAGGCCGCUCUUCCGCUGUGCGCAAGAGUGGUGCGACGGCGACAAGGACGGACUAAGUCACAGGCAAAGUAGCAGCUGCAGCUCGAUGAUGCCUUCGCAUGAAGGAAGGAGCGUUGACAUCAUGGAAGGAUCGCUCGCAGCCAUGCAGCCAAGGAUGGAGUCGGGCAUGACCGCACCCGACUUACCCGACUUGGUGCCAUCUGAGGCCCAAAGAAAGGAGGCAAGGACUGCUGCGGCACCUGCAAGUUCGAGUGGUGUUGCUGAGCCGCCCAUGCCCACCUUUGUGUGCUGCCUAUGGCUCGAGGGCAAAUGCCACUACAACCGAGAUCACAAGCUCGGAAAAAAACUCUUCGUGCAUCAGGAUGUGCCGGGCAUGCCCUGCGGGUAUGGAACCCACUGUAAAUUCUUGCACUACGAGAGAAGGGCCACGUCACCUUCAAACUCACUGACUGCCCCAACUUCGCAGGCUCAACUUGCAUCAAGCCGUGUGUGCGAGAAGGACUGUGGCGAAGCUUUGCAGUCAGAGAGCGCAGUACUGCAGGUUGGCAUGGUGGCCUACUUUGAGAGCAAAAACUCAAUGGCUCCUUGUUCAGUGCUUAGCAUCUCCAGUUCUCCUACAAGAGCUGCUGCACCUGUCCAAGUGCGAUGUGGAGAAACCAAGGGUGAGACUCGAUGGGUCAAUGUGAGUGAACUUCAGAUACCGGACUACUCAGCUUUGCAGCCGGGCCAAGAGGUCAGUGUGACCCGCGAAGGUGUCGCUUUUUCAUGCAAGGUCAGGCAUCUGUCCAAGGACACGUCAGCAUUUGCCCGGGUCCAGGUGCGUUUCAACGGCCGACAGCCUGAGGAAGAUGAAUGGGUUGGGGCGGACCGCCUGCGCACAAAGGCUCUGAAGUUUGUUCCGGCCCUACUGCCACCUGCUGCCAUUCCAGGUCCAGGCGAUUCUGAGGCAGGCCCGAAACAUCCGACAAGUCCGAAGCCUGGAGCAGUGACGUUGCAACGUGGGAUGCGGGUCUGCUUCCAGUGCCAAGAAGGGUUUUUGAAGCAUGCCGAAGUCCUGCAAAUGUCUGUCUCUGCAGACCGAUCAGCAGCGCCAGUGGAGGUGCAAUACCUCACUGCAGAUUCUGGGACGGGCUGGUUCGCCGCACAGGACCUUCAAGUGCCAGACUACUCAGGAUUGCACAAGGGCUUGCAAGUGGCAGUUACGCCCGAUGGCCAAAUGAUGCACGACUGCAGAGUUUUGACCAUCUCACGUGACAGGCCCAAGGAGCCUGUCCUGGUGCAUUAUUGCGGGUACGGCUCAGAGGAUGAUGAAUGGGUUGGCGCAGACCGGCUUCGGAGUAGGGCUUUGACUUUCGCUCAAGCGCAGCUGCCUGCAUCCUUCCCCCACAUGGCCACAAACGAUGCCACAACCUGUCCAACCAAUCAGGCUGCCGAGCCCACUGCUGACAGCAGCGAUGGCAAGCUGAAGCUUCCCAGACCUCGAACGCUGCAGCCUGGGUUGGUGGUCUGUGUAAUGUCCGAAUCUUCGAGAGCUUCGAAAUGUGGGGAAGUGCUGGAGGUCUCCUCUGCACCAAAGCGGGCAUCGGCGCCUGUGAAAGUAUGGCUCAACUCACAGGAGGCAGCAUGGUUCCAUGCCGAGGAUUUGCAGAUACCCGACUUCUCCGCCCUUGAACUUGGCUUGCGGGUACAGGUGAAGUGCGAGAGCAAGACGUACCUGGCUACCGUUAUGCAGAAUUGUUCUGAGAGACCCGCCACACCCAUUCGCAUUCAUUACAACGGCUACUCGGCAGAUGAGGACGAGUGGGUAGGCGCAGAUCGCUUGGUCAGCAAGGCUUUGACGUUCGUUCGACCGCUUAUGCCAACGGUGCCCAUCGAGAACUCUGGUGAGACUGGUCCUGUCAUGAAAGCUGCGUCUCCGGGACAUGUAGAGCUUCAGGCGGGGAUGCUAGUCUAUGAUGCACAUUCCUCGACAUAUGGUGAGGUGCUGCUCAUAUCACCAGACGCUCAGAGAGCAGCAGCGCCUGUGAAAGUGCGCCUCUACGGUGCCACGAUUCGCUCAUCCUGGCUUGGUGCGGGGAACCUGCGCGUGCCUGAUUAUUCAAACCUGCGAGCUGGGGUGAAGUUAGCGGUGCUGUCAGACGGAACCCAGUAUUAUUGCACAGUCCUGGAGAUCUCGCACAGCAAAGGCAGAUCAAACGCACCAGUCCAUGUACGUUACAACGGCUACUCCCCGCAGGAGGACGAAUGGGUUGGCGCUGACCGCAUCCGCAGCAAGGACUUGACCUUGGUCCAGGCCACGGUGCCCUUCGUGCCCGUCGCACCAGAGGGCGAGCAACGCUCUGCGUCCACUCGCCGUCGGCAAGCGGUUCCACAUGAGCCUGCCAUGCCCUGGGAUGAGCCCGGCGGCUCUGAAGACGAAGACGUUGCUCGCGGCCUAGAUUCUGCCAUUCAGGCUGUGGAGGCGGCUACAGCCACGACCAACCCCGCAGAGCAGAAGCGGGACUUGCAGAAGGCCCUGCAGCAGACUACGGGCACGGCGCAUGUCCGCAAAGUGCUUGCAGAGUUUGGUUGGAACGGCCUGGACUUCCCUCAGACCCCAGACCUCAAGGCCCUCAAGGAGCAGCUGCUGCUGGCGAAAGCAGAGUACUGCGCCGAUUUGGAGGCAGAGCUGGAGCGGCAGCCAGACGACUUCGAGUCCCUGAAGAACCUGAUGAAUGUCCUUAUCUAUGGGACAUUUCGCUGCGUCUCUGGUGGCAACGAUGGGCAGCAGCAGAAGCGUUGUGGAGAGGUGAUUGUGGAGCGUGGCCCCGCCUGCCUGCGACACUGCAAGGUCCACAUCCUCGCGGGCAAAAACCGGGGGCAGACGUGGGACUCUGACCGCUGCUACGUCCGCAUCCUCUUUGCCCGGGCCUUCUCAGCAGAGAGCGGCGUUCGGAGGUCGCCAGUGACUCCGACCCAGACGCACACCUUGGAUUGUGGAAGGACGGAGCUUCUGGGACGCGUCCUUUUGGCAAAGGAGUUCGGGGCAAGCCGGCAGAAGCACUUCGUCUGCUUGAGGUCCAAGGUGGUUCGCUCUAAGAAGUUCGUGCCCUUCCAGCCCAUCAAUGGCAAGCUACCUGGCAUUCACGUGCGUUGGAAUGAAGCCCUGGACCUUCCCAGCAGCCACGACUUGCACGUGGUGGAAGUGACUGAGUGGAGUCCUGCUUUUGGCGCUCCUGAUCGCCGUCCACGAGGCCGUUAUGUCCAGAGUUUGCGGAUGCAGUCACGCAACACCGAUGCCUCCAUCUUAGAGGCAGUCCAGAUUUCCCUCAACUUCACUGAUUGGAAGAGGGGGGACACAAGGCGGAACAUGGACCUCUUCGCCCCUGAUCGCCGCGGGCACCUGACGGUCGGCAUCCAACAUCCGAGCCUGCCAACGAGCAUGGUGGUGUCCUACGAAGGUCUGCAAGUGCACAUCCUGGAUGUGAACGCCUACCUGGACCAGCUGGGCCUGGAGUCUCUGGAGGACCUGGUCCGCCGCCGUUCGGUGGGAGCUUGGUUCUUGGAUCACAAGGACAUGCCCUUGGAAGCCAACCUCCCACUCUUCCCGCCAGACAUCGAGAAGGAGCUCAGCUUCAGGGAGGGCUCAGAGCGAUUGGCACUGACCUUCACCUUCCCGCGCGUGACGAACCGGGAGUUGGACCCUCAGAGCGUGUGCGUCACGGAGUCUGUCGUCCGGUGCGACCGCCUCCUCAACCCACAGAGUGCAGGUUUGAUGCUGCUCGGCAAGAAGAAUGGAGGCGAGGUGGGAAGCUUGCUUCGCCGCUGGGCGGGCUUCACGGAGAAGUUCGAGGAUUCGCAAGUCUCGUCCGCAAGCUUUGCCGUUCUGGAGCACCUUGACAUCGACUUUGCGGGCGACUUCGGCACGGACGAUGACAGCUAUGCUCCACUUGCAGCCAGCCGCUUCCUGCGGACUUGCAUGCACAUGGUGGACAGGCAUGCUGGCCGCCUGUUGCAAGGGAGCCCUGCAUGGUCCGCCCUCGUCACGGACGAGACGACCUCCCCAAUCUGCGUCAGGUACCUUUGA